UCAAAGAAAAACACCCUUCAGCAACUCAAACAUCUUCACCUGUCCCAGGUAGAGUCACGAUGGCCCCGCCCCCUGAGCACCUACAGUACUUAAGAUUCCUCUAUAAAUGACUGGAACCAGGUGGGACUCCAUCCGCCGCACGUUGCUAUGGUUCGCGUUGCCACGGCUCUCCAGCUGCUCGUGCUGCUCGUGCGCUUGCGCGGGAGCGCCUCGGCUUUUCCCAACAACGCGACCGACUCCGCGCACCCUCUGACCGUCCAUGACUCGCGGGAGCAGACGGAUGCUGAAGACAUGAACCGGCCGAGGAGCGGCGGAAGGCGCCUCGUGCAGACUGUGCCAAAAGGUCCGGACCAACAUCAAGUGGGCUGUAGGGAGCUGAGGUCCACAAAGUACAUUUCUGACGGACAGUGCACCAGCGCCAACCCCAUCAAAGAGCUGGUGUGUGCCGGGGAGUGUCUGCCAACCCACCUGCUCCCAAACUGGAUUGCUGGCAGCAGCCACAACGGGAGAUCCUGGAGCCGCCAAGACGUGCAGGAGUGGCGCUGCGUCACCGACCGGACCAGAACCCAGCGGGUCCGGCUGGAGUGCCAGGACGGCAGCUCCAGGACCUACAAAAUAGCUGUGGUCACCUCCUGCAAGUGCAAGCGCUACAGCAGACAGCAGAAUGAAUCGGGACGAAAGGAAGUCGCUGCUCGGAGUGGGAAAAGGCCGUGAAGUACCAGCAGAGAGACCAGAUGAGAUACCAGAACCCACAGAACUCUGGAACAUUACCACAGCUUUCAUACCAGCCCUCUAGCAGAUCAAUGCUCACAGGACUUUCGGAUUGAACACGAUCUUACUGACUCUUUAAACCUGAUCAUGAACCUCUGAAGGUUUGAACCGAUUUGAAGAUGUUUUGCAUUAAACAUAUAAGCUGGAAGGGGGGGGUAACAUUAUUAACCUGAUUGGAGGUGAAUACAUCAUUUAGGGAAAAAACAGGAACAUAGAAGAACAUCACAAAAACGUAUCAAUAGUUGUAUAAGUCCAUUUUCCUUACCAGACCUUUGAGUGUCAGAUAGAUUUUAGACAUAACAGAUUGUCCAGUUUCUUAUGGAAUGUCACUUGGGUUUUUUAUUCGCUACUGAUAUGGUAAUAUCUGUUGAUGUGUAACUUAUGCAUGUACCAAAAGUCUACAAUAAUAAAGAUUUUCAAAUUCAG